CGAAGCUUUAAAAAGAGAGAUUAAACAACAGGUUACUUCCGGAACGUCAUGUACCCUGUGAUAUGAAAAGGACUCCUAAAUAAGUAUUAUAGGCAUAAUUCACCGUAUCAAUAUGUUGCAAGGCUGAAUUGAAAACAGUGUAGAUCAGCAAUUUUAUUACAAAAAAGUGCAAUGCAAGCUAUUGCGUCAUCUAUGCGAAAUUUGGCAAGGCCGUUUUUGAAGGUGCUAAACUUUCCUAAUACAACACUUCCUGUGGAGCAACAACCAUUUCAGACAGCUCAGGUGCGAACCAGAUAUGUUGAUUGGAAAAUGCGGAGGGAUGCUAAACGGCGAGAUCUUGUUAAGGAAUAUGGAGCAGAAAGACUGAGAUACAAUGCCCUAAAACGAAAUACGAUCUUACCAUCAAAGAUACGGGAAAAAGCUGCAGAAGACAUAAAGACACUUCCAUUAAAUAGCUCUAUUUCUCAUGUACAUAAGCGAUGCAUCAUAACAUCUCGACCGCGUGGAAAUCUGAGGAGGUUCCGAAUGAGUAGGAUUGUAUGGAGAAAACUGGCCGACUAUAACAAAUUAUCAGGUGUGACUCGAUCAUCCUGGUAAAAUCUUGUGUUUCUUGUUCAAGGAAUAAACCUCUUAAUCAUCCAACAAACUGUGAAAGAAAAAGAUUUAAAGAUAUCAAAAAGCAUAUUUGGUACGUUUUCAUUCUCCACAGAAAUCUGGCUUUAGAGUUUUUUUUGUUUUAUUUAAGGAUAUUUUUAUUACCUUUAAAAGUUUUUUAGGUUUUCAGCUUACAGCAUUUACCAGAAGUUUCAGAUAUAGAUUGUUAUGAGGAAAUUUAUGAACAAGAAUGUUGAUUGAAUUGGUAGUUUUUUGUGUUUGAAUCAGUUUUGGAAUGUAUUUGUAUAUCUGCUAGAAUUGUGAGUUUAACUGUUAUGUGGAAUUGUUUGUGAGUGAAAGUGUAUGUUUAAUUGAAUAAAUAAUAUUGAUCGGAA